AUCGUCACGGCGAUCUACUUCGUACGUCCGAAUCCCGCCUACUAAUUCGCGCAGUGGGAAUCGAGAAGACGUCGGACGUCGCGACGCUUAGUGUGUGUUUUUCAGCGAUCGUGUCAAAAAGCGGCAACGAUAUUUAACAGGUAGUUUAGAAACGAAUAACAAACUAAUAAAAGAUGGCAACACAACCGAGAUUGGUCAACAAACAAUUCAACUCCCCCAUUGGCCUGUACUCCGAACAGAAUGUCCGGGAAGUCAUAGACAGGGAAACCCAGAUUCUGUCUAAUGGAGCUGUUGGAGUAAACUUCUACAAUCCUGCCGUGGGAAAGCCAGCCAAUCUUCAGAACUCCGCCGUUCUGAGGAUGCUGGAGGAAGAGGAGAACCGUCAACGAAAUGGUCAUCAUCCGAGUAACGAUUACGCGCCGAAAUCCUUGCGAGAGAAUACAGUGUGGCCGCCCCGGGAACACGAAAUUAAGAACCAAAUCCGAGGCGUGUUCAAAGACACCGUCGUUCCAGGUGUGAAAAGAGUUGCUUGGCCGCCACCGCAAGACAGUGGAGAAUUCACAGAACAAGAAGCAGUGCAAGCUCAGGGUGGAGCCCAAUACCCCUCUCAGUCACCCGGCUUGCAGAAUAAUCACGCUCCUAACCACCAGGCGGCAUCUCCCCAACCGGCAUACCGCCCGUUGCACGUUCAAACCGGCUCGGCCUCCCCAAUUGUCCAAUCUCCCCAUUCGCCCGUCUUAAACCAAAGUCCCGCGGGCUACAGGCCUGCUACACCUGUUAAGCAGUGGGCCCCUGUUCAUUCUCCCGUCGGUACCCCGACAAGAUCGCCUCAAUUCCAACCCCAUUUUAACGCACCUCAACAAUAUCAACCACCCCAACAACAAUACCAAUCACCCCAACAACAUUACCAACCACCUCAACAAUAUCAACCACCCCAACAGCAAUACCAACCACCUCAACAACAUUACCAACCACCCCAACAAUAUCAACCAGCCCCUCAACAAUAUCAACCCCCUCCACAACAAUACCAACCACCUCAACAGCAAUAUCAGCCACCCCAACAACAAUACCAACCACCCCAACAACAAUACCAACCACCCCAACAACAAUACCAACCACCCCAACAACAAUACCAACCACCCCAACAACAAUACCAACCACCCCAACAACAAUAUCAACCACCCCAACAACAAUACCAACCUCCCCAACAGCAAUAUCAACCUCCCCAACAACAAUAUCAACCACCCCAACAACAAUACCAACCUCCACAACAACAAUCCCAACCUCCCCAACAACAAUACCAACCACCCCAACAACAAUAUCAGCCUCCACAACAACAAUCCCAAACUCCCCAACCUCAACAACAGCCACAAACUUCUCAGUCAACCCCCGUGCAACAGGCUAGUCAGCCACAAGUACAGGCACCAGCACAAGCGUCAGCUGCUCCAGGUCGUCAGCAAAGUGCACCAGCUCCUGCACCGGCUCCGGCCCCAGCUCAAAAGAAGGUCGUUGAGCCGCCACCGGCGACUAUCACUUUGCGCCCUCAAGCGCCCGUCAGUCAGGCUCCCGCCCCGUUGAUCACCUCUCAACCAGCCACGGCAACCUUAAGGGGUGGCAAACACCUCAGAGGUGACCUUAAAUGGCCUCCGGAAGAUGUAAAAAAACUCAUGGAGGAGGAACGACUUAAAGCAGAAGAAAAUAGUCUUGGAUCCACAUACGUACCUAGUGGUAAGCAUCUGAGGGGUGACCUGAAAUGGCCCCCAGAGGACGUCAGGGCCCGCAUGGAGCAGGAGCGCAAACACGAAGAAGAGAUCGCCAUGGGCCCGGCGGUGCGGCCACCCAAGAACAUCAAGGACUACAGCAGCUUCUAUGAACAGAACAGGCUCAACGACACAUAUCCGAGAUACGUGAUCCCGCCCGGCACGCAGUUCUUCAGACCCGUGUGAAUGGCGCGGUGAUCCGUCCUUGAUUAACCUCGAUUUAAUUGUGGUUAACUUUAUGUUAUGGCGAAAGUUUUAAUAUAAUUUACUGUUUUUUUUGUUGAAUUAAGUCAAUGUAAGAGGCGUCUACGUCUGGUGGUUUUAUGCAUACUUCAACUGCGGACGUGGACGUGUAAAAAAAAUAAACGUGUACCUUAAUUUUACGUGGUAACUUCUAGUCCGUAAGAUGCUAAGUUUGUGAUAAUGCUGAACUGAUUUUAUGUAGUCACUUAUACAUAACUAACACAUUAUUUGGGUGGACCCAUGAGUUUGCCCAUGGUUGCAAAUUGAAUUAUCUUAUAAAGAUGUAUAUAAUUCUUUUUUGUAAGCCUGAGGCUUAUUAAUUUUACUUAUAUAUCAUUGAUAAUGACGACAAGCCGCUUUUGCAAGAAAAUUUACUAUUCGAUUCGAGCUUUUGCUGUACGCAAAAUGUUUAUUGUAAUUUAUAUUUAUAUACGGAAAAUUUCAAAUAAAUAUUAUUGACACCUCGUCAAA